AUGGAAGGAGAGAACCACACAGGCUUAUCACAAUUUCUCCUCUUGGGUCUCUCAGAGGAUCCUGAACUGCAGUCCUUCCUCUUUGGCCUGUUCCUGUCCAUGUACCUGGUCACAGUGCUUGGGAACCUGCUCAUCAUCCUGGCCAUCUGCUCUGACUCCCACCUCCACACUCCCAUGUACUUCUUCCUCUCCAACCUGUCCAUCACUGACAUCUGUUUCACCACCACCACAGUCCCCAAGAUGCUGGUGAACAUCCAUGCACAUAGCAAAGAUAUUUCCUACAUAGAGUGCCUCACUCAGGCAUAUUAUUGUAUGGUUUUUGUUGGAAUAGAUGUUUUACUGCUGACCAUAAUGGCAUAUGACAGAUUUGCAGCCAUCUGCCACCCCCUGAACUAUAUAGUCAUCAUGAACCCCCGACAUUGUGGCCUUCUGGUUCUGAUUUCUUGGCUUAUUAUAUGCUGGGUGUCCCUGAUUCAUAUUCUAUUGAUGAAGCAGCUGACCUUCUCCAAAGGCACUGAAAUCCCACAUUUCUUUUGUGAAGUGGCUCAGCUUCUCAAGGUGGCCAGCUCUGAUACUCUUGUCAAUAACAUCUUUAUGUUUGUGGUGGCUGUUGUGCUGGGCAUGUUUUCUGUUACUGGAAUUCUGUUCUCUUACUCUCAGAUUGUUUCCUCCUUAAUGAAGAUGUCCUCUGUAAGCAAGUAUAAAGCAUUCUCCACCUGUGGGUCUCACCUCUGUGUGGUCUCCUUGUUUUAUGGAACAGGACUUGGAGUUUACCUCAGUUCUCCUGUGACUCACUCUCCCCAGAAAAUCUCUAUUUCCUCAGUGAUGUACACUGUGGUCACCCCCAUGCUAAACCCCUUCAUCUACAGCCUGCGGAACAAGGAUGUGAAGUGGGCCCUGUGGAGACUCCUCAGCAGGGCAGCCUCUUGUCCCUGA